AUGGGAGACGAAGAUAAGGUAAUCGACUAUUCCGCUCAAGUCCAACAGCACGUUGAUAUCGCUGACCAAUUUAUCAAGGGCAAAAUCCAGUUGGACGAGUGCCUCAACCAAAUAUUCGACAUUAUCCCAUUGGGAUGCAAAGAUACCAAAGUGUGCGAGGACAAUGCCGCCGCAGUCCUUUCAGUCCUUUGCAAUGUCAAAGAUGUUAAGCCAGAAGUUGUCGAAAAACUCAGCUCGGACCAGCAGGAUUGGCUGUUGAUGUAUGUCUACAAAGGACUUGGUGCUUCAGAAAACAAAGACGCGACCUACAUCCCCGCGUCUCCACAAAUUUUGUUCAAGUGGUUCUCCGUCGUCCAGUCUGUUGCUGGUGACGGAUGUGUGAUGAGAGCCGUUUUACGAAGACGUGCACUUUAA